AUGUCACUAAUCGGCACUUUUAUUCCAAAGAAAAAACGACAAGCACUAGUAAAAGAUCUCCGCUCAACUCACUUCUCUUUCGGCUACCGCUCCAAUUCAACUUUUGAAAAUCCUAACAAAUCUUUUACAAUUUCUCAAUCUCAAGAAAAAUUAAUUCCAAUUUCUCAAGAAUCAAGUGUAAAUCUUGGACGCAGUAAAAGUGUCACAAAAAGUGUUUCAGCUGCAGCUUUUACUCCUAAAACACCUUCAAAAAUAUAAUAUAUCUUAUUAAAUAAUUUAUAUUGGUUAUGAUGAUACAAUUUUAUAUAGUGUGACUUCUAUAAAUAAGUAUAAAAAAUUUUCAAGAAAUUCAAAAUAACACACACCACUUUACUCUAGGCAAUUAUUCAGGAGAAAAUAACAUAGAGGAAGCUGGAAAAAGUCCUUGCUCGCCGUUCAAUACAAGCUUUGAAAUUGAAGCCGCAAAAAGCCAUAUAAGAAACGAAAACAACAGUUCUGUUGUUUUGGGGAAUAAUUAUAUUAAGCCUAUUUCAAUUUUCCAAUCGGAUUUUGCUGAUAAAAAAUUUGAGAAAAAUAAAAAUUUACUUGAAGAUUUUAAGAAAUUUAUGGAUAAAAAUCAUUUUGAGGUAGGAAAAGAAAAAUGAGAAUACACUACAAGUAUGACUGAUAUGAACAAAGACAUUUCAGCUGGGGUAAAAGCAGAUAUUUUGAGGCUAAACGAAAAUAUUUAUAUAGGAGGAGUUAAGUUAAAGCCAGAAUUAUACAAAACGAGUCAGAAAAACGAUUUUCAAGGUAAAAUUAAUGAGACACCUAACCCAUCUUUUUCACAUAAGGAUAUUUUUUCUAACAGUUUUAAACUGGGAUAUCACAAAAAAUCAUCAAGAUCUUCAAAUUUCGAAUCUGUUCCAAUUGAUCUAUCAUUUCAAACUGAAAAUUAUAUAAAAAAUAAACAAAAAUGUGGAAAAUCGCAUGUAAAGCUGGGAAUAGACUCUAUAAAUUUAAACAGCACUUAUGCUCAAACUCACAGCUUAUUAAGCACUUCUCAAACAACUCCAGCAGGAAAUGGAAAAUCAAGUGUUUUGCUAGGCACUGACCCUUCUGCCUUUGCUUCUCUUUAUUCCAGCUCUUUUCAUCCUAAAAGUUGCUGUCAAGUAGAAAACCCAAACAUAAAGCCUAAAACCUUUAGCCAUAUCACCCUUGGAGCUUCUCCCAAUAAUUCCCAAUAUAUGACUGUAAAUAAAAGUUACACUCGAUUGACAGGUAUUUCUAAUAAUAAUACUCUAAAAAUAGAAGAUCAAAAGAAGGGAUCCCAUUUUCAAUUUGGAAACGACCCGAUAAAAUAUGAAACCACAAAUAAUCUCGAUUUUAAUAUAAAAAUAACCAAGCCUGAAAUUUCAAUUUUCCAAAGAAAAAACAUUGAAAAAAGCAAGAAACCAGGAGAUUUUGAGACUGUUAACCAAAAAGCUUAUAAAUGGAUAACUCCAGUACCUGAGUAA